GUAUGUAUGUUGCAUCUAGACGCUUCUGAUUGUGAUAAAAGGAUGAGACAGCGAACGCUAAUAACGCUAUACUCGGUCUCACUCGCCACCUAUGACGUGAAGUGUGACACGUUGCAGCAACGCGUGGUUAAACUUUGACCCGUCAGCUUCGAAACGAAAUUAAACUAGGUGCUCAGCAUUCCAGUACCCAGUUUAUUCUUCAGCCGCAGACUAAAAUCCUUCCUUGCAGCAUCGAUCGGCCAAGUUAUACGUUGCGUUGGUUCGAGCAUUUCUUCGCCUUCCCUGUAUCUUCAAACUUAUUCAACGAAGGCCGAUUUUAAUUCUCGUCAGCAACAAUGGACCUGUUCAACAAAGCAAUGCACAGCAACGACUUCGGUUUACGAAGAUAUUAUCCGUGGUCGGGGUACAUUAAUCACGAGCCGUGGGUUACUGGCCGCGUAUCUAACAGGGAACGGAAAUACGUCUGGUCCCAUAUGCAGGACGUAUUUUGGUGGGACGAGAUGACCGUCAAAAGGAUUGAGAACCCAUUCCUCUGGGCACGAUAUGCCUUACGAUACGAAGAAAUGAGGAUCGACUCUGCAUCUAGAGAUGUGUCGGAGGAGAUUGUGAUACAUGCUACAUCCAUCUCGAGUGCCUAUGAAAUAGCUGACAAAAAUUUUAACUGGAGACUGGCGAAACGCUGUCGCUUUGGUCACGGAGUCAGUUUUGCAAGGGAUGCAGACUAUGCAGAGGCUCAUGCUAGUGACAACGAGGCCCACAUAAUAGCUGGGAUCCUUGUAGCUAAUUGCGAGAUUGGUAAUUAUGGAACCCGUAUUCCAUCGUACUUCUCAGAUACGACGGUGAACCGUCAAGAUAGCGUAUGCGUCAAAUACAAUGACAAUGAGUUUUAUCCGUAUUACAUAGUUUAUUAGACAUGAAACGCCACAAGUAAUAUCCUAAUAGAAACUAACAUUAUCUAACUAUGAUAGUAAGAUAGAAAAUAAUAGUAUUUAGAUAACAUAUGAUAGUAAACAUCAGUAUAUAAUUAUAUUACGAAUAUAUAAGUAUGCUAUUAUAAAACUGUGAUAUGCAUAGUUUCUUUAACCUAUAAUUAAGGGUGAAUAAAAUGGUAUUUUUUCAGUUGAAAAAAUGUUUGGAUUUCAUCAAUAUGUGUGCAAAUUAACGAAUCAUACCAAACUAAACCAUCCUCAAAAUUAAAAAUUCGCCAUCAGUCGAGUAAAACCCGUAACACCUUACGAGUAGAGUAUUCGAAUGCACAAAUCUACAUCUAGACUUAUUCAAUUAAGUUUCCUUACUGUCAUUGGUAGGUAAUUGAACGUUUAUAAAAUUAUUGAGCCUGAAACAGGUUUGAGAAUGCCAUAAUUUUCUCAAUUCAUCGACUUUUACAUCAGCUCUUAUGGGCAUAUAAUCAGUAAUUACAAAUUACAGAGAAUGGCUGAAUCCACAGAUCCGCUGGCUUAGUGCACCAUAGUGCAUACGACUAAACAUGGUUAAACAUGCAAGACAAUCAACUAUCAAUAGUAAUUGCGUACAAUUAUGCUGUUACCAUCUCGAAAACUCUGUAUCAUCCAUUGAAAUUCUCUAAUCUCCAGUACACCAACC